CUCUCUUUAUCUGAUCCAAACCUUUUUCUUUCUUUCUUUUUUUCUUUCUUUUUAAAAAGAAAGAAAAACACAUGCAAUCAAAUACAAACACAAGCAGAUAUUGAUACAAUCUUACAUACAUAUCGUUGGUCGUGAAUAAGGCCGAGCCGAGUCUUGUAACAAAUGACUCGGCGAUGCUCUCAUUGUAGCAACAACGGCCAUAACUCACGCACGUGUCCAACACGUGCCGGUGGCGGUGGUGGUGGUGGUGUGAAGCUGUUUGGUGUUAGGCUUACAGAUGGAGGGUCGAUUAUGAAAAAGAGUGCCAGCAUGGGGAAUCUAUCCUCUGUUUAUAGCAGCAGUAAUCACUCGUCUCCGGCAACCGCUUCACCGGUAAAUCCUAGCUCUCCGGCCACUUCUGACCCCGUUCAAGGUUAUCUCUCCGAUGAUCCUUCCGCUAAACGCCGUGCUGAUCGAAAAAAAGGUACUCCUUGGACAGAGGAGGAGCAUCGGUUGUUCCUACUUGGUCUGCAAAAACUGGGAAAAGGAGACUGGCGUGGCAUAGCACGUAAUUAUGUUAUAUCCAGAACACCUACGCAAGUUGCCAGCCAUGCCCAGAAAUACUUCAUAAGACAAUGUGGCUCUACUAGAAGAAAAAGACGUUCUAGCCUUUUUGACAUGGCUCCAGAUAUGGCUGCUGAACCACCGGAAGAUCAAUUCAUGCUACCUCUAGCUGCAGGUACGGAUCAUUCCGACAACUCCCAUUGUUCGUUAAAACUUUCGUUAAAACCUGGUUCUGAUGAAUCCAUGGUGGCUGGUCCAAGUGAAAUGAAAGAAGACAUCAAAGAAGUAUCACAAUCAACAUCUGUGAGUGAGCUUCCACCAAUAAUACCUGCCUUUUAUCCAGCUUACAUACCCAUUCCAAUCCCAGUUUGGCCAUCAACUAUGACCCCACUUGAAGAACCACCCAACAAUAGUAACAUGGGACCAGAUGCAUCUCACCAUCGGGUUCUGAAACCAAUCCCAAUUCUUUCCAAAGAACCCAUGAAUUUGGAUGAAUUAGUUGGAAUGUCGAAACAGCUAAGUUUAAAAGAUCCGGAUCAUCAUCACAUCGAGCCUUCAUCAUUAUCAUUGAUGUUAUCAACUGAGCCCUCAAGGCAGUCAGCAUUUCAUAGCGCACCCAUGGUUGGUAGCUCGGGUAUAAACCCCGGUCACAGUAAUGGUUUCCAAGCAAGUUGACGAGGUUGAAAGCCGAGUUGGGCUGCUUUGGUUGAUAUAUUUAUCCACUUUGUUUUUGGUUUAGUUGCUCCCUUCAACCUUGCUGAUGCAAGUCAAUGAUUGGGGCAGCAUACUAUAUUAGUAUGUUCUAUAUAUAUAUAUAUAUAUAAAGGUAUUCUUUUAUUUUACUGUACACUGUCUGAUAGGAAGAAUAAAACAUCUAUAGGGAGUUGUUUGUCAAUAAUCGCAUCAUCGUUUUUGUAAUAUAAA